UAAUAGUAAUUAUCCAAGAUUUUUCAAUAGUAUCAGUGAAAGUAACCCAAUAAAUAAAUAAAUAAAUGAAGUGUACAAACAGAAACAGACGAUUGAUCACAAUCUUCCUCCAUUUUGGAUUCAAAACAAACGACAAGACAGUCUCGCCGUUUUAUCUCUAAUCUCUUCUUUCUUGAAGUUGUCUCUGUUAAAAAAAUGGUUUCACUUACUGGCAACACCUCAACCUUAUAUUAUAUCUAUAAAUAAGCCCACACCCAUCAAACUACAGAGGCCAUGUAAUAUUAUCAAUUUCUAAACCCAAAAUCAAAUGUCAAGAAACGAAUCUUGGGUGUUUCUAAACCCCAGUGAUACUCUCCUUUGUAUUUUUGUGAUACAAUAAUUAUAUUUACAUAGUGUUUGUUUGUUUGUGUGUAUAUGUAUGUUUCACUUAAAUCUAUAUAUAAGUGAAACAUUGAAAUUUUCAUUUUAAUAUUUGUUUAUGUGAGUGAAACAUUGUUUGAUGUAUGUAAUUUUGUGGUAAGGUGGAAUUAAUGGAAGCUAAAGAGAAGUCCAAAGGAUGGUGUUGGUGGCUAUUUGUGUUAGUGUAUGCAGGUCUUGUUGUGGCCAUGGCUAUAUUCACUCUUUGGAGGAGAUUUGAUGGGUCAGGCUCAAAGGCUGCUCGUGUUCCGGGGACUCCAGGCGUCGUGGUGGACAAAUAUGCCGGUGCUCUCACCAUUGCCAUGCAAUUCUUUGAUGUGCAAAAAUCUGGUAAGUUGAUAAAUAAGAGGAUUGCUUGGAGAGGUGAUUCGGGUUUGGAAGAUGGAAGCGAGGAGAAUUUGGAUCUAUCGAAAGGAAUGUAUGAUGCUGGGGAUCUCAUGAAGUUUGGUUUUCCAAUGGCUUUCACUGCCACAGUUCUAUCAUGGGCCAUACUCGAGUAUGGAGACCAGAUGAAGGCAGUGAAGGAGCUGGAACAUGCUCAGGAUUCGCUUAAGUGGAUCACUGAUUAUCUUAUUAACGCUCAUCCUUCUGCUGAUAUGCUUUAUAUUCAGGUGGGUGAUCCGGAAUUGGACCAUAAUUGCUGGGAAAGACCUGAAGUCAUGACAGAAAAACGGCCUCUUACACAAGUGAACGCAACACAUCCAGGAUCAGAUAUUGCAGCCGAAACAGCAGCAGCUAUGGCGUCUUCAUCUUUAGUGUUCAAGAAUGUCAACUCCACUUAUUCAAAAUUGCUCCUCAAGCAUGCUCAACAGUUGUUUGCAUUUGCUGACACUUAUAGAGGUUCUUACAGUAUCAGCAUCCCGGAAGUGCAAAAAUACUACAACUCUACCGGAUAUGGGGAUGAACUCUUGUGGGCAGCAUCAUGGCUGUAUCAUGCAACUGGAGACCAGUUGUACCUCGGAUACGUAACCACACAAAAUGGGAUGGCAUUUGCUAAUUGGGGGAGUCCGUCUUGGUUCAGUUGGGAUAACAAAUUGGCUGGAACUCAGGUUCUACUUGCCAGAGUGAAUUUCUUUAGGGCAAAAGAGAUUUCCACCGCAGACGAUAUUGCUCUCCAAAUGUAUAGGAAAACUGCUGAGGCUGUUAUGUGCACCCUCCUCCCAGAUUCACCAACAGCCACUCCCCAAAGAACAGAGGGUGGCCUAAUAUGGGUGAGCCAGUGGAAUGCCUUGCAGUAUACUGUGGCCUCUUCAUUUCUAGCACUUCUUUAUAGUGAUUACAUGCUUAGGUCCCAGACUUUAAAUCUAUAUUGCAAUGGGAAGCUAUACAAUCCAAUGGACCUUCGCAACUUUGCCAUUUUGCAGGCUGAUUAUGUGUUGGGCAACAAUCCAUUUAAGAUGAGCUAUCUUGUUGGAUAUGGUAGCAAUUAUCCUCAAUAUGUACACCACAGAGGUGCUUCAAUUCCUGCUGAUGCCAACACCGGUUGUCGCGAUGGUUUCAAGUGGCUUAACUCAAUAGAUCCCAAUCCAAAUACAGCAGUUGGAGCGCUUGUUGGGGGGCCAUUCCUGAAUGAAACCUAUAUUGAUUCCCGAAACAAUUCUAUGCAAGGUGAACCAACCACUUACAACAGCGCCUUUGUUGUCGGCCUCCUCUCAGGAUUGGCCGCCACUUCUUCAGUAGUUCAGCCAUUUGCAUGAAAUGGCACCUAGUAUAGAUGAUCCUACCUUGUACUUAACUACCUUAUAGAAUAGCCAAAAUUUUGUAAUAUAUAAA